UCGUGUGGACCAAGGAAGCAACGAGUAUAAAGCACUACGCGGUAGUGUGUGUCAAAAUAACGGAGAAGUGUGUGUCAAAAUAAUAAAAAAGUUAAGAAAUGGAGAAAGAUGGACUCGAGCUUGAGAUAACGGAGCUGAGACUGGGACUCCCGGGGAGAGAUUUGACGGAGAAGAUUAUGAAGAAGAGAGGUUUCAUGGAGAUGAUAAUGACUUCUUCUGGAAGUAAUAGUGAACAAUGUGAAAGUGGCACUGUUUCAUCUGGUGUUGACGUGGAGAAGGUUAAUGAUAUGCCGGCUGGGAAAACUCAGGUAGUUGGGUGGCCGCCGGUUUGCUCUUACCGGAGGAAAAACAGCUGCAAGGAAGUUUCCACAACGAAAGUGGGGUUAGGGUAUGUGAAAGUGAGCAUGGAUGGUAUACCUUACUUGAGGAAGAUGGAUCUUGGUUCAAGCCAAGGUUAUGAUGAUUUAGCAUUUGCUCUUGACAAGCUCUUCCAUGGCAUUGGAGUGGCCUUGAAGGAUGGUGAUAACUGCGAAUACGUUACCAUAUACGAAGACAAAGAUGGAGACUGGAUGCUUGCGGGAGAUGUACCUUGGGUAAUGUUCAUAGAGUCAUGCAAGAGGUUGAGGAUUAUGAAAAGAUCCGACGCUACCGGAUUUGGGCUGCAGCCUAGAGGAGUAGACGAGUAAUAUGACGGCUUGAAUAAGAUUCAAGGGACUGGUUAAUUAAUUUAACCUUUAACUUGACCAAGAUAAUUUAGAACAUUUUCCCAACUCAUGUUAUACAGUACUAUCCUGUAAGACAAUUUCAAGUUAUGGUUUGCAUAAUUAUCUUCAGAAGGACAGCUCUAUACACAAUACUUGUUUCUUGAUUAUUGUUAAUUAAGACAUUACUUUGUUUAAAC